GACUCAGUCUUAAAAGUCGUACCAGCCAGCCCCAACCACAUUUUCUACCCACAUCUCCCAUGACAGACCAACCAACAAAACAAAAGCUAUGGGGUGGAAGGUUUACAGGGAAGACAGACCCCCUCAUGCAUGCAUUUAAUCAAUCGCUCAAGUAUGACCAGCGCAUGCAUGAUGCCGAUAUCCGUGGAUCCAUCGCCUACGCAAAAGCACUUACUCUGGUCGGUAUCCUGACCAAGGAGGAAGAGGUAAAGAUCACUGAAGGCUUGCUAACUGUUGGCGAAGAAUGGAAGGCUGGCACCUUUAAACCAGAAGCUGACGAUGAGGACAUCCACACAGCGAACGAGAGACGUCUUAGUGAGCUCAUAGGUCCUCUCGGAGGAAAGUUGCAUACCGGACGCUCUCGAAAUGAUCAAGUCGCGACUGACAUGCGCCUGUGGCUCCUUGACGAGGUCGCUGACAUUGAGUCUGGCCUCAAGGGCUUGAUUCGUGUGAUGGUAGAACGCGCUGAUAAUGAGAGAGACAUCCUCAUGCCCGGAUACACUCAUCUGCAGCGAGGUCAACCAAUUCGUUGGUCCCAUCUUCUCUUGUCGCAUGCCUUUUCCUUCCGUAAUGACCUCGAGCGGCUUCAGCAACUGAUUCCUCGCGUAUCUGUACUACCGCUAGGAAGCGGUGCAUUGGCAGGCAACCCCUUUGGUGUCGACAGAGAAUUCCUCGCAAGGGAGCUAGGCUUCGCAUCUGUUGCUGAAAACAGUAUGUGGGGCGUAGGGGACCGCGACUUCAUUGUCGAGUUCUUGAUGUGGUCAAGUUUGACCAUGACUCAUAUGAGCCGUUUGGCGGAAGACUUGAUCAUCUACUCAACUGCUGAAUUUGGGUUUGUGACCUUGAGUGAUGCCUACAGCACUGGCUCCAGUAUAAUGCCGCAGAAGAAAAACCCCGACUCGCUUGAACUUCUUCGGGGAAAAUCUGGUCGUAUUUUUGGAAAUAUGGCUGGAUUCAUGAUGACAUUGAAAGGGCUACCGUCGACAUACAACAAGGAUCUGCAAGAGGACAAAGAGCCGCUGUUUGAUGCGGUCGACCAUACUUCAGCGUCACUGAAGAUAGCCGAGGGUGUUAUCGCUACGAUGGAGGUUCACGGAGAUAAAAUGCGAGCAGCCUUGACUAUGGAUGUCCUUGCCACGGAUUUGGCCGACUAUCUAGUUCGAAAAGGGAUACCAUUCCGUGAAACACAUCACAUCUCUGGUCGUGCCGUAGCAUUGGCCGAGUCUCGCAAGUGUCAGCUCGAUAACCUCACUUUAGAGGACUACCAAGGCUUGCACGAGAAGUUCUCUGAAGAUGUACUCCAAGUGUUUGACUUUGAAGCCAGCGUAGAAAGAAGGACCGCCAUUGGUGGACCAAGUCGCAAAACGCUUGAGAGACAGAUUUCAGUGCUACGCGCUGCCUUGGCUAAGUGAUUGCACACACAUGAUUGCAGUUUCUGUCAUUGCACAGAUUUUUGCAUCCCUAUGCGCCCACUCAAGUCCUACAGGCUGAUAGCUGGGAAAUAUAAAAGAGAAUGUGUCAAACACCGGUGGAUUUGCUCAAUGUUCAAUAAAUGUAAUGGAGAAACAUGUAAUGCAUUGAACUAGGAUAUUAAAUACUACAUGCCAGUUGUGUGCUGCAGU